UUUCCAGUUCAAAACAAACCAGAAAGACAGGAGAAUCGUAGCCAGUGGCACAUGUCUAUGGCAGCCUUGUUUCCCUGACAUGUUUACACUCAGCACUGCUAAAUGUAUUCUCCUGCUGUUUUAAGAGACCACAUGAUUGGACAAACAGUUCCACCAGUACCAGAAGGUUCUAAUAGAAGGGAGCGUGAUGUAGUCACUCCACACAACAUCUCUAUACUUUUGUUCAUCGAAAAAUAUGCUCGUCUUCGGCCAAAGUACUGGGACCCAAGGCCCACAGAUUCCAAUGCAAAUCACCCAGAUAUUACAGCACAGGAAAGAAAAGCAACAUGUUUAAUGACAGUCAGACUUGUUCAGGGAGGAGACAUGUCAUUAUCAGAGCUGCUACAGGUUCUAGACUCAGCCCCUCUUUUAUCUUACCACAUCAAUACAUUCAUGACUGCCUUGCAUCAGAUGUAUUGUAGUAGAAUCGACAGCCUUCUAGACUUGUUUGAUUCUGUGGAAAAAUUUGCUAUCCAGGACCAGAGUCGUAUGGAGACAUUCCCCUGUCUGUGGACUAGUGUUGUUG